CUUUCAACUUCCGCGUCAGGUGAUUGCGGAGGUAACUUCACUCUGCGGGUUCAGGGUUCCGCCUCUAAACUAGCUAGCUAAAUAAAUGGUUAUCCCUCUACCCAAAACAAACGAAUUUCCUUUUUAUAAGACCCAUUGGAAUAAAGCAGCAAUUCACGAUUGCACUCUGCAGUAGAUAUUUAAGAAAACAUGGCUGGACGUCUACCGGCUUGUGUAGUUGACUGUGGCACAGGGUACACAAAGAUUGGAUAUGCUGGAAACACAGAGCCACAGUUUAUUGUUCCUUCAUGUAUUGCCAUCAAAGAGUCGGCCAAGGUUGGAGACCAAGCCCAGCGCAGGAUGACGAAGGGGGUGGACGAUCUGGACUUUUACAUCGGUGACGAGGCAAUAGACAAACCAAAUUAUGCAACAAAGUGGCCCAUUCGUCAUGGGAUCGUGGAUGACUGGGAUCUCAUGGAGAGGUUCAUGGAACAGGUCAUCUUCAAGUAUCUGAGGGCAGAGCCCGAAGACCACUACUUCCUCUUGACAGAGCCUCCUCUGAAUACCCCUGAAAACCGAGAGUACACAGCAGAGAUAAUGUUUGAGUCCUUCAACGUUCCAGGUCUUUACAUCGCUGUACAGGCGGUCCUGGCGCUGGCAGCCUCAUGGACCUCCAGACAAUUGGGCGAGAGGACCCUGACGGGGACGGUGAUUGACAGCGGUGACGGGGUCACCCACGUCAUCCCAGUGGCAGAAGGCUACGUCAUCGGUAGCUGUAUAAAGCACAUCCCCAUCGCUGGUCGAGACAUCACCUACUUCACCCAGCAGCUGCUGAGAGAGCGGGAGGUGGGCAUCCCACCAGAGCAGUCAUUGGAAACAGCCAAAGCCAUCAAGGAAAGGUUCAGUUAUGUCUGCCCUGACCUGGUGAAAGAGUUCAACAAGUACGAUACGGACGGCUCUAAGUGGAUCAAGCAGUACACGGGCAUCAACUCCAUCAGCAAGAAGGAGUUCACCAUCGACGUGGGCUACGAGCGCUUCCUUGGCCCUGAGAUCUUCUUCCACCCAGAGUUUGCCAACCCCGACUUCACCCAACCCAUCUCCGAGGUUGUUGAUGAAGUCAUUCAGAACUGCCCUAUCGACGUCAGACGUCCCCUCUAUAAGAACAUCGUGCUCUCUGGAGGCUCCACUAUGUUCAGAGACUUUGGCCGACGUCUGCAGAGGGACCUGAAAAGGACAGUGGAUGGCAGACUGAAACUCAGUGAGGAACUGAGCGGUGGCAAGCUGAAGCCCAAACCCGUCGACGUGCAAGUCAUCACUCACCACAUGCAGAGAUAUGCUGUUUGGUUCGGCGGGUCUAUGUUGGCAUCAACUCCGGAGUUUUACCAAGUGUGCCACACCAAAAAAGACUAUGAGGAAAUCGGACCGAGCAUCUGCCGCCAUAACCCUGUCUUCGGGGUCAUGUCUUAAAAAAGACUUCCCUCAGUUAUCACUGGAGCUUGCAUUUUGGAGCAGAAUGGAGUGGACGGACAGAGGCAGAGUGGCAUUACUGCACUACGGUCGCUGCUUAAUCCAGCCUAUUUCCAGGGCUACGGUUAAAGACAAAAUACAGGAAGAGAAUGACAGAAAUGGAAUGACUAGAUUCUAUUCCUAUGGAGAAUGACUCAUUUAUCAACUGCAGACCAACUAUCAGGCUGACAAACGGGGGGUGAAUAUCUAUGUAAAAGAGAAGGAAAUGGUGUCUUAGAAGCAUUUUCAGAGCAAUUGUGUGGACACAAAAUAAUGUGCAAGAUAAUAAAGGCAACUCAUGUAUGGUUAA